UUAGGAGGAAGAGGCUUUCGACGGCGGACUUUAGCGACCCAGUCUGCGAGUGAGCUCUCUUCCCUAUUGCAAUGAGUGACAUUAGCGGAAUUAAGUUGAGCCAAGAGUACCUUGCUUCUCUGAACUUUCAGUUUUUCCAACGAAGAAAAAUGUUGUUGAACAGCUUGAUACAGAAGCGGAGUCCGAGUGGCGGGGGUGAAAUCAAGGGACGCAGCAGCUGUAUUUUCUUAAUAAAUACGAGACUGCAAGUAUCAGUAGCAGGAUCAUAAUAGCGAAUGGACUGGUCGGUUUAACGUCGCCAAUCUGUCGCUCGAAACCUAAAUGCUUCAUCCACUCCUCGCAACUCCUCACCAAGAACCGACCCUGCAUUCGAGCCCUUCUCUACCCUCUGUACCAAAGCCCUCGCACAGUCUCUUCGACCAUCAUCAACCCUUCGAGCUCAACUACAGAAACGUCUGCAACCUCCUCCUCUCCAUAACCCGCUCGAGAUCGCUCCCGAAGGGCCUCCAACUCCACGCCCAUAUCGUCAAAUCAGGCAUCCAGACCAUCCCUCUCGUGUCGCACCACCUCAUCAACUUCUACUCCAAGUCUCAGCUACCCUUCUGUUCCCGCCAAGCUUUCGAUGAGACUCCGAGGAAAUCGGCCACGACUUGGAGCUCGAUCAUUUCGGCAUUUGCCCAGAACGAGUUCCCGUGGCAGGCCAUUGAGUACUUUCGUCGAAUGGUUAGUAGCAGCGUUUUGCCUGAUGAUCACAUAUUCCCGAGUGCCACCAAGGCUUGUGCGAUUCUGGGUCGGUGUGACGUCGGGAGGUCCGUGCAUUCUUUGGCGGUUAAGACCGGGUUUGAUGUCGACGUGUUUGUGGGGAGCUCGCUGGUUGAUAUGUACGCCAAGUGUGGUGAAGCGAGGGAUGCGCGGCAGAUGUUCGAUAAAAUGCCCGAGCGGAAUGUGGUGUCUUGGAGCGGGAUGAUUUAUGGGUAUGCUCAAAUGGGAGAGGAUGAAGAAGCGUUGGUUUUGUUUAAGCAAGCGCUGCUGGGGGAUUUGGACGUUAAUGAUUUUACUUUCUCUAGUGUUCUUCGUGUUUGCAGUAAUUCUACACUGCUUGAAUUGGGGAAGCAGAUUCAUGGCCUAUGUUUCAAGACCAACUUUGAUUCUUCGAGCUUUGUUGGCAGUUCUCUAAUCUCAUUAUAUUCUAAAUGUGGAGUCAUUGAAGGAGCUUAUCAAGUUUUCGGCGAGAUCCCCGUGAAGAACCUUGGCAUGUGGAAUGCAAUGAUGAUUGCCUGCGCUCAACAUGCGCACACGGAGAAGACAUUCCAGCUGUUUAAACAGAUGGAGAAUUGUGGGAUGAAGCCAAAUUUCAUUACUUUUCUGAGCAUCCUCUAUGCUUGCAGUCAUGCGGGUCUUGUUGGAGAAGGUGAAUACUAUUUUGAGCUGAUGAAGAAGUAUGGUAUCGAACCGGGGGAUCAACAUUAUAGUUCAAUGGUGGAUUUGCUUGGCCGAGCUGGAAAAUUGGACGAUGCUCUAUCUCUAGUCAACAAGAUGCCUAUUCAACCUACGCAAUCCGUGUGGGGUGCUUUCUUGACUGGUUGCCGUAUUCAUAAUAAAACCGAACUUGCAGCCGUGGCUGCUGAUAGGGUCUCGGAACUUGGCUCCGUGAGCUCAGGCCUGCAAGUGUUGUUGUCCAAUGCUUAUGCUGCUGCUGGAAGAUAUGAAGAAGCAGCCAAAGCUAGAAAAAUGCUUAGAGACCGAGGGGUGAAGAAGGAAACGGGUUUAAGCUGGGUUGAGGAAGGCAACAGAGUCCACACAUUCACUUCUGGGGACCUAUCUCACGCGAAAGCUAACGAGAUCUAUCAGAAACUGGACGAGUUGGGGGAGGAAAUGGAGAGGGCUGGUUAUGUCGCGGACACGAGCUUCGUGUUGCAAGAGGUGGAUCGAGAAGAGAAGAAUCGGACGAUCCGAUACCACAGCGAGAGGCUCGCCAUUGCCUUUUGUCUGAUCACAUUCCCUCCGGAGAGGCCGAUAAGGGUCAUGAAAAACUUGAGAGUGUGCGGCGAUUGCCACUCGGCAAUCAAGCUCAUGUCGAAGUGCACGGGGAGAGUGAUCAUCGUGAGGGACAAUAACCGGUUCCAUCGGUUCGAGGACGGCAAAUGCUCGUGCGGUGACUACUGGUGAUUCAAGCUGCAACAAUUAAGUUACAAAAGCUCCACCGUUCUUUUUCCUGUUUUGCUUUGAUUUUUCGGGUGACAUGGACUGGAGGGAUGGUGGGUUUGGUCGGGAUUCGUCGGUUGAGCGGGUUGACUUUCGAGUCUGACGGGUGGAAGCUUCGCUAAAGGUGGUUAGAUGCUGUCAGACCAAUGCUUGGACGGGCCGGUAUGAAGCGGGAGUUCGUUGCCACUUGUCCUGCUUCUACUUUCCAGUCAUUGCAAUUGGGUCCUUCCUCGUCUUCCCUACCGAAUGCUUGCUAACACGCA